UGCUGUCUAUGCACCUCAUUCAUAUUCCUUUACAUACAUAUACAUAUCUACAUACAUGUGGUUAAUAUAUAUAUAUAUGCACACGCAUAAAUACAACAGAAGGGCUCAAGGGAAUCGUUUUCUGAGACAGUUACAACCUCCUCCUCUUCUUCUUUCCCUUCACCAUCAUCAUCAUCAUCUUCACAACUAAAUUAUUCCUUCAAGAACAAACCAAAACCUCUCUAAUGGAAGGAAUCGAGUGUUGUUCAAGCACAAGCACGAGCCCAACAAGUAGUAUUACAAGCACACCAGAGAAGCGCAAGCGAAGACAACAACAAGAACAACAACAUCACCAGAAAGAGAAGCCCUACAGAGGGAUAAGGAUGAGAAAGUGGGGGAAGUGGGUAGCGGAGAUCCGGGAACCCAACAAGCGCUCCCGUAUUUGGCUCGGCUCCUACUCCUCCCCCGUGGCGGCGGCGCGUGCCUACGACACCGCCGUCUACUACCUCCGAGGCCCCUCCGCCAGGCUCAACUUCCCGGAAUACAUCGUCGAUGAAGACGAGCUUCACGACAUGUCCGCCGCCUCAAUAAGGAAAAAAGCAACCGAGGUCGGAGCUAGGGUUGACGCUAUCGAAAGCUCCCAGCACCACCACCAACAUGCGCCGUCGUCGGAAUCAAAUUCUAGCCGAGCCUCCCUGAAGCCGGACUUGAACGAAUACCCAAACCCCGAAAACUCCGAUGAAGAUGAUGAGUGAGAGAAUCAUAUACAAAAACAUGGAAGAAUUGAUAGGGUUUGAUUCGAUUCGAAGUCGAUACGUUCAUGUCACAUGAUCCAAAGGGAUGAUGUGAGAUUAGUGAAGCAUCUUCUGAUGUUCAUCAGUUUCAUAUAAAUAUGGUUAUGGAUAUACACAUGGAUCUGGACUGUGUUUUCUUGAUAUGUGAUUUAUUUAAUUUUUGUGAUUUCUAUUAAUUUGUUUGUUCU